UCUCGCUUGCUGAGAUGGGCCAAUCAGAAGCCAGAUAGACAGAACCAUUCCUGAACGGAAUAGUGGAGAAAAGUUAGACCAGUGGCAGGUGGACGCGCAUUACGCACGGGAGCAGAGCGCCAGGGGCUGACGGGAAAUAUAGAAGAAAUCAAAAAAAAAGGGAAUGGAGUUGGGAUGAUGAUUAGCCAAUUUUAAUAACGAGUGUAAGCUUUAUUAUAUAUAUAUAUAUAUCGACCAACAACACAGCAGCUUUACGGUUUCCUUCUUUCAAAGACUCUUUUUAACGAUCUGACAAGUAUUGGGUUUUUUUCUUCUAAAAGUUGUGUAAUUUGAGUUGGCUGGACAUUUCCUGGAGAGAGAAAAUGACGGCAAUGGAGAAAUCCAACAACUUUCGUAUUGAUGCGCUCCUGGCGCACAACGCGCACCCGCACCCAGCUCACUGGGACGGGUCUCAGGGACUGUGCAGUGAAAACACACAUACUCCCGUGUCGUGCCACCGCUCGGAAACCCCGUCUCCCCAGAGGACAUCGAACGCUGCUCUUAUCCAGACGGGUAUUAUCCCCAAACCGGGUUUGUUGAACAUUCCCCAUCCUGGCCUCACGGCGCUGACUCCGGGAUCCUUCCCCGGACUGUACCCAGCUUCCCUGUACCCCCUGGCUGCUCUGGGAGCGCAGCACCCCGGCUUCAUAUAUCCUGGCUUUACGCAGAUGGCUCAGCCAUAUCCGGAGCAUCUGAAAGCGGCCGCUAUGGCUGGAUCCUUCUCUUUGGAACACUGGAUCAGAGCGGGAAUGAUGAUGCCCAGACUCGGAGAGUAUGGAGUCACUCCGCAGGUCGGUGUACUGGGGAAAUGCCGGAGGCCUCGGACAGCCUUCACCAGCCAGCAGCUGCUGCAACUGGAGAACCAGUUCAAGGUCAACAAGUACCUGUCCAGACCCAGGCGCUUCGAGGUGGCUACGUCACUCAUGCUCACUGAGACACAGGUGAAGAUCUGGUUCCAGAACAGACGUAUGAAGUGGAAGCGGAGCCGCAAGGCCAAGGAGCAGCGGGCGUCCCAGCCAGACUCAGGGAGCCCAGUCCUGGGGAAAAAAGGCACCAAGCCUGGGGGAGACAGCCGGAGCAACAGCCUGCAUGACGAGGAGGAGGAGGAAGACGAGGAUGGAGAGGGCCUGUCUCCUCCUGCUGACUUCCUGGGGCACACGGAACACUCGAGCUACAGCUGCUCUGAGGACGAGUUGGAGGAAGGAGAAUCCGCUGGCUGGAGGACUGGGGUGGGGCUUUGA